AUGAGCGAUAGAAAAAUCCAAUGGCCUAACGAAGAGAAUAUAAAAUCUAUCUAUCUUUCUAUCAUCUAUCUAUCUAUCUAUCUAUCUAUCUUACCAUAUUCUGCAACAUUUUUAUCUAUCUAUCUAUCUAUCUAUCUAUCUAUCUAUCUAUCUAUCUAUCUAUCCGAGUUCUUUUUAUAUCUAUCUAUCUAUCUAUCUAUCUAUCUAUCUAUCUAUCUAUCUAUCUAUCUAUCCGAGUUCUUUUUCUAUCUAUCUAUCUAUCUAUCUAUCUAUCUAUCUAUCUAUCUAUCUAUCUAUCUAUCCGAGUUCUUUUUAUAUCUAUCUAUCUAUCUAUCUAUCUAUCUAUCUAUCUAUCCGAGUUCUUUUUAUAUCUAUCUAUCUAUCUAUCUAUCUAUCUAUCAUCUGCGAUUCUUCGUUAUCUAUCUGUCUAUCUAUAUAUACAAACAAUAUGAGAAUAUUUACACACACAUACACACACACGCACACAAACACACACACACACAUAUAUAUUACAAUCCCUCCUUUCCCCCCUCUCUUUCUCUCUCUCUCUCUCUCUCUCUAUCUAUCUAUCUAUCUAUCUAUCUAUCUAUCUAUCUAUCUAUCUAUCUAAAUAUGUGUGUCUUAUAUUUCCUUAUAUCUUUCCCUCUCUUUUCCAAUUUCUUUCAUUUAUUUUUCUCAUAUCUUGCGUUUUGUAAAAAUUUAAACGUUUGCUGUUUUCAUAAAUUUAUUUUGCUCCCCUUUUUAAUCUAUCUAUCUAUCUAUCUAUCUAUCUAUCUAUCUAUCUAUCUAUCUGUUUCGUUUGGUGGGAGUAAGGGAGUGUAA